AUUUAAUAUUGUCGAUAAGUCCAGCAGCACAGUGCAGUAUUGACAGUGCCUGGGUGCCAGUGACAAUCUGAACUCAGGCUGUCAUCAUCCCCCUUUACAAAAACGGCUUGGCGAGGCGGGCUCCGAUUGGACAGACGCGGAGGACACUUUGUGCCGCAUCAAGUCGUGGAUUGACAGUUCAAGCGUGCAUCAACUCGAAACGCACACACCUCGUUCAGCAAGAGCCGUCUGCUCACAGAAUUUCAGCGGCUGCGGCGGCAGACUCUGCAUCCAAAUCUACCUCAAUCUCCACGUUGACCUCUAUGAAAGAGUGACAAGUUCCUCGACCCUGUGUAGGGUCAGCUCACGAUGACAUCCCUCAAACAAUUCAUUCGCAAUGUGCGCGCCGCCAAAACCAUUGCCGACGAGCGAGCCGUUGUCCAGAAAGAAAGUGCGGCAAUUCGGGCCAGUUUUCGAGAAGAGAGCCAUAACCCAAACAUAAGGCGCAAUAAUGUUGCAAAACUCUUAUACCUUUUCACCCUCGGCGAGAGAACACACUUCGGCCAGAUUGAAUGUCUAAAACUGUUGGCCUCGCCGUCUUUCGCGGACAAGCGAUUGGGCUACCUGGGGACGAUGCUGCUUCUCGACGAGAAUCAAGAGGUUCUGACGUUGGUUACGAACUCGCUCAAAAAUGACCUCAAUCAUCACAAUCAGUACGUGGCUGGACUCGCUCUCUGCACCCUCGGCAAUAUUGCGUCGGUGGAAAUGUCCCGCGACCUGUUCCCGGAGAUUGAAUCCUUGAUCUCGACUUCGAACCCUUACAUUCGUCGAAAGGCGGCCCUCUGCGCGAUGCGGAUAUGUAAAAAGGUCCCCGAUCUCCAGGAGCAUUUCCUCGACAAAGCAAAAGUGUUAUUACAAGACAGAAACCAUGGAGUGCUCCUCUGUGGGCUGACAUUGAUUACAAGCUUGUGCGAGGCGGAUGAGGCAGAAGGAGGGGAGGAAGGUGUGGUGGAAAUGUUCCGACCAGUUGUGCCUCAUCUCGUGCGGACAUUGAAGAACCUGACCAGUUCUGGGUACUCUCCGGAACAUGAUGUCUCAGGGAUUACGGACCCGUUCUUGCAGGUCAAGAUCCUCCGGCUUCUGCGAGUUCUUGGGAGAGGGGACGCCGCGACCAGCGAGCAGAUGAACGAUAUUUUGGCACAAGUAGCCACCAACACAGAGGCUACGAAGAAUGUGGGUAAUUCGAUCUUAUACGAGGCCGUCCUGACCAUCCUCGACAUCGAAGCCGAUUCCGGCCUGAGAGUGUUGGGAGUCAAUAUUCUUGGAAAGUUUCUGGCCAACAAGGACAACAAUAUUCGCUACGUGGCGCUCAACACACUGAUCAAAGUGGUGGCCAUCGAACCCAAUGCCGUCCAGCGCCAUCGAAACACCAUCUUGGAAUGUUUGAGAGAUCCCGACAUCUCAAUCCGACGACGGGCGCUGGAUCUCAGUUUCACUUUAAUCCGGGAAGAUAACGUGCGGGUGCUGAUCAGAGAACUGUUGGCGUUCUUGGAGGUGGCCGACACAGAAUUCAAAUCGGUCAUGACGACGCAAAUCGGCAUUGCCGCCGACCGUUAUGCGCCAAACAAACGCUGGCAUAUUGACACAAUGUUGAGGGUGAUCAAGCUGGCCGGAAACUACGUCAAGGAGCAGAUUCUCUCGUCCUUUGUCCGCCUCAUUGCAACGUCGCCCGACCAACAGACGUACUCGGUACAGAAACUGUAUGCAGCAUUGAAAGCUGACAUCACACAAGAGGCACUGACGUUGGCUGGGGUCUGGGUCAUUGGUGAAUAUGGCGAUGCUUUGCUACGCGGAGGAACGUACGAAGAAGAAGAACUUGUCAAGGAAGUAAAGGAAAGUGAUAUUGUUGAUUUGUACACGACCAUUCUCAACUCGACCUACGCCAAUCAGGUCGUUACCGAGUUCAUCAUCACCUCCGCCAUGAAGCUCACGACGCGCAUGUCGGAUCAGUCACAGAUUGAGAGGAUUCGCCGCCUGAUGCAGUCAAGGACGGCAGAUCUGAGUGUCGAAAUCCAACAAAGGGCGGUGGAAUACAGCAACCUCUUUGGCUACGACUCAAUCCGUCGCGGCGUCUUGGAGAAGAUGCCACCUCCAGAAAUCAAAGAAGAGCAACGAGUCCUGGGCCAGGCUGCAGCCCCUGCCAAGGAUAAGCGGAAGACGUUGAAGAGCAAAGCCAACACCAAAGUGGCCAAGACCAGCGAAUCGGACAUGCUCCUGGACUUGAUGGGUGGAUCGGAUGUCCCCGCGGUCGACACCAGCGCAACAGUCAAUGGACAACAACAGACGGCGGACUUGUUGGCUGACAUUCUCGGAGGUGGUACGUCGGUGUCGAGCCCUCCGCCCCAGAGCAAGGGACCUGCGCCAGCCUCAAAUGCCAAUUCUAUAAUGGAUAUGUUUGGCAAUGGUACACCAAAACCGGCCAGUCCCGCUCCUGGUGGCACGCCGGCACAUCCCGUCUACAACAAGAAUGGGCUGUCAGUUGCUAUACAAGUCUCCAGAAGCGGAGCUGGAAUCCAGGCUCUUGCUCGGUUCAAGAACACCACAUCGUUUGAGCGGUUAACUGGUGUCGGACUGCAAGCAGCGGUACCAAAGAGCCAGAAGCUGACGCUGCAAGCCAUCAACAAAAGCACCCUCGAGGCUGGCGAAGAGGCCACUCAAGGGAUGAAAAUAGUUGCGGCAACAGGGCCACUGCCACCAAAACUCCGCUUACGACUAAAGAUUUCAUAUACCAAGGAGGGAGGUGCUCCUAUCACCGAGCAAGUCGACUGGACGGAGCCGUAGAUAGGGCGCAUUUGGGACAACACGGCAAUUUCUCGGCUUCCGAAGGUGAGGAAGGCUUGCCUUCGCAUUGCCCGUCGCCCGCUCAGUCAGAUUCCGAUCAUUAGAAGCGCAUUUAAACAGUGUCACCGUAUAGAGGGCGCGUGAGGGCCAGUCGAGGGCACACAUGGAAUCAUGAAAGAGGCAUUCAUUCAGGAUAUCCACCACAGGGUACCAACCUACAGUAGUAGGUCGGGAUAUAGUGAACAAGCACUCGAGCUGCGGACGACUGUAGCCAAGGCGCAUCUACUCCGUCCUCGCGGUGUGUGUGCAAAUGCGGUGCAAAAUACAAAUACCGAAGGCAGCAAACGUGGAUAUGUCCCCAUAUUUUUAUUCUUUUAUAGUGGCCAUAUCGAAUACUCCAUCAGCGACAGAUAAAUUGUUAUUUGUCCCAUACAAUUUUAUACAAGCCCCCAUCCCGCGGCCGCGGCCCCGGC